AUGCCAGCCUCCUUCUCUGUGUUGCUGGAGGACUCGCGUCGUAUUAUUGUCGUCGACUAUUUGCAGACUGUUCCGCGAAGUCCCGACUCCUAUGCGAUUGCUUGGAUCGCCGCUCUUCCCAUCRAGCGAGCCGCUGCAGAAGCGAUGCUGGACGAGGAACAUGCGGCUCCAUCUGGCUUUACCAGGCACCAAACCGACGCAAACGUUUACACAGUCUAUGGAACCACUUCGGCUGCGACCACGGCCUCGAGCCUGCUUGCUUCUCUGCCGUCCAUUCGUGUUGGUCUUUUGGUUGGCAUAGGCGGCGGCAUCGCCCGGCCGGACGAUGRCCGCGAUAUCCGGCUCGGUGACAUCGUUGUGAGCCAGCCCGAURGGACCACAGGCGGCGUCUGCCAAUACGACUUGAUCAAGGCAAGGCCUGGCGAUAGGCGCAAGCGCAAAGGCUCCCUCGGACGGCCUCCGACAGUCCUCCUCAAUACGCUUGCCAGUAUCCAGGCCGAUCACAAGCGAAAGGAUUCCAAGGUUCCCUGCUUUCUUCAGCAGAUGCUAGAGAUAAACCCAAAGAUAGGUAAAACAUCCAAGAGAAAUCCUGGCUAUACUCACCAGGGUUUUGAAAACAACCGCCUCUUCGAAGCUUCAAGUAGCCACAUCCCCAGGCCGGACUAUCAGGGCUGUAAUACAGCUUAUAGGGUUCAAUGCAAUCCUUAA